AUGGCAAGCUUCAAGAACGACAUGGGUCUUACAGCCUAUGACAUCCUCAAACGUAAUCCAAAAGAUUUCAAAACCCUAGAAAUACAAGUCAUGCUGACGGACUAUUCUGGAAUUAGAGCUGAGAAGAACGGAAUCCACACGCAUUCACACUCAUCACCACCAGUUGCAAGACCAAAACCUCAAACUCGAAAGAAGAAGAGAAACUGCUUCAUAAAGAUUUUGAAAUGGAUUGGAGGUUGGUUCAAACACAAGGGUGACUGGGUAGAAGAAAUGAGGGGAAAUCUGAGUUUAGUGUCUACUGUUAUAGCCACCAUAACAUUUCAAUCAUUGAUAAAUCCACCUGGUGGCUUCAUCCAACAAGGUUUAUCUCAAGGCUCAUCCAAUAUUGAAGCCCUAAAGUGCACUAUCCUUCCUAACAACGUGUCCUAUUGUCCUGGGGAAGCUCUCUCAUCUUUUAGUUCCCAAGAUAUGUUUUUGGAGUAUGUAAUUUUCAACACUAUCUCUUUCAUUUCAUCGCUUAGCGUCACCCUCUUGCUUGUGAGUGGAGUUCCUAUGAAGAACAAAGCUUUGAUAUGGCUUUUAUCCAUAGGCAUGUGUAUCACUCUCACAACCCUAGCCCUUGCCUACUUAACUGCUCUUUGUAUGGUGAUGCCAAACCAUCUGCUUUGGAAUAAAGCAGGUUGGACCACCCUUGCAGCCUCAAUUUGCGCCUGGUCUGGAUUGCUUGUGCUGAUUGUAGUGUUAAUCACACUGCGCUUUAUAAUUUGGGUAGUGAAGAAAUGUGCCAGACUAAUCAGAAAGCUGUUGACGUGUGGAAUUAGAGAAAGUUGA